AUGGGACAGCAGAACUGUGGCUGUGGACCCUGUGAGAAGGAUGAGAGUGAAGCCACAAGCCGAGUGGAAUAUGGUGGCGGGUCGGGAUAUGCCUUGGACAAGGCAGCAGAAGAGACCAUUUUCGAACCACCCACCGCGCCUUUAUCGUUGAAAGGCUCCCCGAAGGCUUGGGGCCCAGUCGAGGCAGAAGCUUUGGCUACGGCGUUGGAAGACUCCAAGUCCUCGCUCAGCAAAGCUUGGGCCAAGUUCCGUGGUGAGUUUGGUGUGCAGGUGAAUAUCUGGGGCAGCCUCGCCAUAGGAGGGCCUCAGCGAGGCACGAACUCUAAGCAGAAGGACCGAGAGGGCGCAAAGAAGGCUAUCGAGUCGGCUCUUGCCCAGUUUGAGUCCGACCCCUUCGAGGCAGCCAACUCACUCCAAACAGCGAUCCGCGGUCCGGCAGCGAAUGCUCUAAACAAUGCUACGCUUGCAGCUGCGAAGAACAUCCAGACGAUGACACUUCAAGCAGCAAGGAGAGAAGAGUUGUCGACUUUGAUGAGUCAGAAGGACACGGCAGUGAAAAUGGCGCCGAUGCAUUUGCAGCAGCUGCUGGAAGAAUGCCGUCUUGAUGCGAAAUUGGAUUCGACGGUGAGGGAAGCACUUGAUCUCGAAAGUACCCACACGUAG